UGAUAUUCUCAACAUUAUGAAUACCUGCUCGAACUGACUAUACUGUCCCAAACUGGUAGUUCAAGAAAGAUAUCUUGGCUGUGGUGGGGUCAGGAUCGCCCGGAGAUUUAGCGGUGAGGCUAAUAAAAAUGCUGCACUCACAUUUUCAAACGUCACUCUGGCCACCAAUUUCACUUACAUUUUUGCAAUGCGAGUUCCACAACAACAAUAAACACCCAUGCGAUUGAAAAUAUCGAAUGCAAUAGAUUUUAAUAUCUGCAUCAACUGAUUGUGAUUAAACCCUUAUUGUAUCACAUCCCCACAGCUCUUAGAAGCUCGUUUUCAAAAAUCGCCUUCAUGCCAGCCACAAGUCAAAAUCGUGACUACAAUAGCUGCAUUUGUCUGAGAGGACAAAGUUUUCUAUUGAUAUACAUAUCCUGAAUACUUUCAAUUGUCAAAACAUUAUUAUUCUUCUGGUACGAAGCCAUACACCCAACUCGCGCAGUCUUCUGCGGAGGACUCGCUCACUCGAAACAAGAGCAUCAUUGUCGCCAAAAGUUUCGAAUAGCCUUCUAUUGUCUUCUCGUCUAUCACCUCGCCAAAUACUCACCUCACUCGUUGAUUCGACCACCCUGUGAUCAGUGCCACAAUAGCCUAUCAACGAAUUCACUAUUGAGGUCAAAACUUGCCUUCACUGCGACAAUUGCAAGGGGGCACAAUGGGACUCGGUGUUGUCGCGGUCCCACGGCCACGGGCCAAAAGUUAUAAUGACUUCGUCCGCCCCAGGAAAAUCUCUCCCCCGUCUUCGUCUUCUUCAUUUCCCAAGACACCACGCCGAAUAUCCAUUCCCUCUGUCUUUCAGUUACGACUCCAAAAAGACCUUCCCCUACGACUGCAAAGAAAGAGCAAGAUGUCUCAACCACCAUCUCCACCCUCAUCUCCCAAGCGCUCUCACCCCGGUGGUGAUGAUCGUCAACCAAAGAAGCCCAAGACUGAUAAAGGUAUGUACAUUCUCGAAAUUGGGUCGCGUUCCAUGUACUCUCACGCGCCACCAGCACCCAGGCGCAAGUUUGGUUCUCGCUCUUACAGCCACUGACCUCAAUUCCAGAUCUCUCUGCCCGCUUCGAUGGAUUGAAACCAAAUAUAAAGCCUUUCACUGAAAAGGUAGCCUCUUUGGCUGGCAUGAAGCGCUCAUUCGAACCGGAAGCAGACGAGAACGACUUUUACGCCCACCGCAGCAAACUUAUCAAGCUCGAUCAUAGCAAUGCGCAUCCACUCACCAACAAAGUACGAACUGCAGAUAGGAUCGCAAUGAUUAAGCGAAAGCGAUCUCUCGUAAGUUGUCGACAUAUCUCAUAUCGCUGCUAUGUAUCGUUUUCCAUCCUCUGCCCUCUUAAGAUCUUUUCCAUAUGUUCUUCUCACGUCAUCGUGAUUUCUCAUUUCCAUCUCAUAUUUCUUCCAUUUAUUUCCUUUUUCUUCAACCAUCUAGAUCUUCCAUGCGAUCAUGUUGUUUUCAAGUCCAUCUUAUCGUCCCUUUUCAGCAUCAUCCCACACUUCUGUGAUGCACUGACAACCGCCUUUUCGGUAUCAAACUGACACUCACUAAUACAGGCAUUGACCCUCAAAAACGACGUCUCAAAGAUGCCCGCCGCUGCCCAAGAUGGGCUGGGAAACUUCACUGGCGCAAUCUGCUAUCGAAUCGCUCUUGUUCAGGCUCUGGUACAUAUCCCCCAAUUCGUAAACUGGCUCCACGAUUACCACACUCCUGAUAAUUGUGUCGUGGAUGAUCCGAGUAACUGCUUUGCCUGCGUAUUCCGCAAGCUCCUUGGUUCUUACUGGUCCCUCAAUACCGAGGCAAAGAUCACAAACAACAUCUUCAAGUCCCUCCACCUUCUCCUCAAACGACGGGGCUGGAACCAUAACGGACAAGGAGAUCCAGCAGACCAGCUGACGUUUUUCUUCCGCCUCCUCCGAGAGGAUCUACCAACGAGCGUCUUUAACAUGAUCGAUUCGCUCUUCCGUAUCUAUGACAAGAGACAGAAAACCCCUUGCCCUUGCGGCGAAAUCUCUGCGUCCGACGAUGACCACACGCAGAUAGAGGUCGGCAUGGCCCCCAAAGAGAAGCACGGUGAUCUGAUCCGAUACAUCGCUCGUGGCUUAGCCACAAAACUCGACGAUUACCGCUGCGACUCUUGUCGCAAGGUGGAGAAGCGUAUUCUUACUGUAAAGUUUGAACACGCUCCCGAGGUUCUUGCAAUACAGUUCAAUCUGCAAGAUUACCUCGGUCGGAAACUCAAGUCGAACGUCAACAUCCCGACCACCAUCGACCUCACUGCCUUUAAGGCACGAGAGAGUACGGACCCUCGACGCUUUACAUACGAAAUCAUGUCGGUGGUCCAGCAUAGCGGCUCCGACAAUGCGGGGCACUAUGUUUGCUCUGCGGAGGGCCCGGAUGGGCAAUGGAAGCUAUUUAACGAUAGCAGUUGUCAUGGAAAUAGAGUUGGUGCUGUUGUCAACGGCUUUUCGCCUGUUUUGUGUUUUUUCAGACGUACCAGAGAUGUUUAGUUGUUUUUUUGUUUGUUGUUUGUUGUUGUUUUGCGAUUUGGGCUGGAAUUUGGUUUUUCUCAUGUAUUUUUCCGGGGUUUGGAGUUGGCGUUCUGGCGUUCUGGCAUUCUGGCGUUCUGGCGUUAUCUUUUCUGUUUUUUUCUUUUCUUUUGCAUUUGUAGGAGUUUUUCCUGUUUUCUUGUUCUGUUUUUUUAGCAGAGAUACCAGGAAUCGUACUAGAUGCAGAAGAAUGUAUUCUUUU